AUGGCCGGUCUUGACGCGUUCUUCCGGCCCGUGCCGCUUUUCAGCGCCGCCGCGCUCCUCCGCGUGGCGAUGCUGUACUACGGCCAGUGGCAGGAUGCCAACUCCGCCGUCAAGUACACUGACAUUGACUAUCUGGUCUUCACCGAUGCCGCCCGCUUCACUGCUCAAGGGCGCUCGCCCUACGACCGCGAAACCUACCGGUACACGCCACUUCUAGCGUGGAUCCUCGUGCCUACGGCGUGGCAGGGAUGGUUCGCAUUCGGCAAGGUUAUUUUUGCAGUCGCCGACUUGUUGGCUGGGUUCUUGAUUGUACGCAUCCUCGAGAGACGCGGCGUGGCGGUGGGAAGAGCGUUGAAGUUCGCCAGUAUCUGGCUGCUGAACCCAAUGGUCGCAACGAUCAGCACCCGUGGAAGCUCCGAGGGACUCCUGGGCGUAUUGGUCAUGGCGCUGCUCUGGGCCGUGCUGGGGAGACGAACCACGCUGGCUGGGCUGCUUCUUGGCUUCGGGGUUCACUUCAAGAUAUAUCCUUUCAUCUAUGCGCCGGCCAUUGUGUGGUGGAUGGAUGAGGAGAUGCUCGGCCGAAAGGGGGCAGGUUCCGUUCAGGGUCAAACAAUCGGUGAAGCCAUGGUCAAGUUCGUCAACGCCGAGAGAGUCAAGCUGGCGGUCAUCAGUCUUGCGACCUUCAUGGGUCUCAACAUUGCCAUGUUUUCCAUCUAUGGCACGCCAUUCUUGGUGCAGACUUACUUCCACCACGUCACCAGAAUCGAUCACAGGCACAACUUCAGUCCUUACAACGUCUUGUUGUAUCUGACGUCCGCUUUCCCAUCCACAGCUACUAUUCGAAUCGAAUCCGUCGCAUUUCUCCCCCAGAUCCUGCUAUCGACGAUGCUCAUUCCGUUCGGUCUAGCCAAGAAGGACCUUGCUACCUCAAUGAUGGCGCAGACGUUUGCUUUUGUGACCUUUAACAAGUACUUCUUGUGGUACAUGGUCUUCCUGCCCAUAUACCUGCCCGGCUCAACGUUCUUGAAGAGUCCGAAGCUCGGGGCUACUGCCUUGGCGCUGUGGAUUACGUCUCAGGCUGCUUGGCUUCAACAGGGCUUCAAUCUGGAGUUCUUGGGCAUCAGUACCUUCUUUCCAGGCUUGUUCGCGUCGUCCAUAGGAUUCUUCCUCGUGAACUGUUGGAUUCUUGGUAUCAUGGCCACACAGCCAGCACUCAAGCUGCGCGCGCAACCGCUGCGCCCUUCUCCGCGGAUUCAAGACCACCAAGUCGCAAUGUGGCUCUUGGAGACUGACGGCAGUGUCUUUGGAGGUGCAUCUCAAUUUACCCCACUACUUGUGAAAGAAGCAGCUGACGCGAUUGAUGUUCAGGGCGACGACUUUGGCUACGGCCGGGCAAACGAUAUCUCUUCGGCCGGACGGAUUCAGAACCAACAUCUCUCGCGCCGUUCGACAAUAGUAAUCGAAGAUUUGGGCACCAAGACCGGAACGACUGUAGACGGACAUAAAUACAAGGGCGAGAAGCAUGUGGUGGCCGCUGCUUCGGCAGAGAUUAAGAUGGGUGGCUGUCCUGACAUGUUUCGCCUGACCUGGCAACCUGUGGUCCUCACUUUCAGCUUCUCGAGCCGAGAAAUGCAGUCCGACCCCUUUUCACGAUUGCGUGUCGACCUAGAGCAGCUUGAUGUCAAGCUGUUGGCGGAUUAUAACACUCAGCACACGACACACGUAGUCACGAAGAAGCGCAACACUUCCAAAGGACUUCAGGCCCUGAUUAACGGAAGGUACAUCGUGGCCGACUCCUUCGUCGAUGCCAUUGUCGCAGCAGCGACACCCCCCGAAGACGACGACAUCACUGCGUCCUCUGUUUUAGAAACAGAUUUUGACGGAAACUGGCCAGAUCCGCUUAAGCAUCUGCCUCCACGCGGCGGCGAGCCAGUUGAACGGCCCCCAGCUGCGUAUGCGCCGGACGAGGUCCGUUUGGAAAUUUUCGAGGGGUACACCUUCAUUUUCUACGACAGGGGACAGUUUGACAAUCUUUUGGCACCGAUCACCAAUGGCAAGGGCAAGGCCCUAUACACCAAGGUCGAUCCAAAGUCAACAACGGUCGACGACUUUGUUCUCUAUGUCAAAACGGAAGCUGGCGAGAAAGGUCUUGGCUCAUUUGAGGUUGGCAGCGAAGGACGAGGUGUUGUAGUCGUCCGCUUCGUACCGAAUAAGGGCGACGCUAUGGACUGGUAUGCUGACUUCUUCACUCAAGUGUCCCUUCGGCUUGAUCACAGACCCAUCGAACAGAAUGAGUUCCUUGAGGCCAUUCUCAUCAAAGAUGCCAGCAUAUUGCGCCGGCCUUUGGAGAUGGAGCCAACUCAGGGUCCGGCAAGCACAGCACCACAACAGGACCUGGCAGGGGUUGAGCCCACUUCGAUGGAUGUAGAUCAGUCGACGACCUCACAGAAUACGCCUCAAGAGUCUUCAUCCGCGCCUAAGCCUGCUGCUGUCAGAAGUCGGGUACGGAGGGCACCGACAAGACGUUUUGCUGGAUUUGAUGAUGAUGAUGACGAGGAGGUUGCCUUCACUCCUCCGGUGACUGAAAGCAAAUCUGUUGACGCUGAAGCUGAGGAAGAGGGAUUAUUUGUUUCGCAAGACGCGCAUGCGUCAAAUGAGGUAGCCGAAUCCUUGCCCGAUACGAAUAGGCGGUCCCAAAGGAAACGCCCUGCGGCACAGGAUGAUGACAUUGAGGAUAUUAUCCCAACAGCUGCUGCAGUCAAACGGCGGAGGAUUGCGGCCGGAGAAGAGCCCAUUCCACGUAACCAAUCACCCGAGCCUCCGAAAGCAGUCGCAAGUAAGGUCAAGAAGGUGAAGAAAGAGAUUGACGUCCUCGAUGUUGCCCGUCGGCAGAGAGAGGAGAUGGAGGCUCGUGCCAAGGCAGAAAAGGAAGAUUUGGCCAAUCUGCCCGACGACGUUGAUCUGGAGGAGAUUCGUCGGCUGCACAUCGUCGAGGAGAUGCCGCUACGACAAUCAUCAGCCAACAGAGGUCAGGAUAAAGAUGCCGAGAACGACAGGUGGGAUCCGCGCUGGAACGGGAGGAAAAAUUUCAAGCGCUUCAAGCCGCGGGGGGAGCUCACGGGACGGCCUCCACAGAAAGUAAUCGUCUCUUUGACGCAAGUCAAGACCAAGGAAUUUGGUAUUGGGGACGAUUACUGGCUGGAGGACGACAGCCAGCGCAAGAAAAAGGGCAACGAGAGUCAGAAGAGCGGCAUGCUCCAGGAUGAGCCUGCUACUCCGCCGCCGCCGUCUGCGUCUCGACCUGCGUCACGGCCACAGCGCAUCGUCUUGAGCGACGACAGCGAGGAUGACGAAGCCAUGCCCGACACCCAGGCCGAGCCCGAACCCGAACCUGAACCGACACCGGCGUUGCGGUCGAGGAGUACCCGCGCGACGACGGCAACUCAGUCGCAGAAUACGUCGCAGAGUCAGUCGACGAGACAGACUCGUGGGAAGAGGGCAGCACCAGCCCCAGCAAAGGAGCCACCGGCGAAGAAGCCGCGGGCCACGCGAACAGUCAUCGAAGUUGCCGAUAGUGACGACAGCGAAGAUGAGCUCCAGUUCAAGUUUGGCCGGCGGCGUUGA